CGGAUGUUGAACGUUGAAUGUGUUUAGCGUUGUCCACAACGCAACUGAAACAACAAUAAUAAUGAAUAUAUUGUGUUGUUGUGUUGCAAGGCCAAAUCCACAACCGAACAAAUUGCCUAUCAGCCCUAUGCCAAAGAAAAGGCUUAACACUAGGACGUCAAAUCAACCGAUAUCUCCAAACUUUAUGACUGAAGAUGACACUGUGAGCGACGACCUACUGUUUUUAGAGUGGAGGAAGGAAUUCAAGUCUUAUGAAGACAACACCACUAGAUUCAGGACCAUAUCCGCAGAUGAACGCCAAGACAGUGACCAGAUAAAAGGUGGCUCUAAACGUGAUAGCAGCACAGAGUAUCACAAAAGUAGAAAAAAACAGCACAGCAGUAGAAAAAAGAACAAGGACCAUCACAGCAGAAAAACCCAACCCAGAAGACCUGCCAGUUCUGACGUGUAUUCAACUGAUGAAGAAUAUGGUAGAGUUGAUCGCAGUCUAAGUAUGAGACUAGACAUAUCAGUGUCUAGCAUUAAUGAUCGGAAUCGUAAAAUGACUAGAAGCUCAUCGAUGUCUAGCAUUAGUUAUUUAGCGCAUGCUUUACCAAAUGAAAACUGGAGCCUGCUUGAUGAAAUCCGGGACCACUUCUGCCAGUCUGACGGCUAUGAUGACAUGACACAUAUAUUAAGUGAAAAAUCCUUAUGCCAAACCAAACCCCAGAAUGUUACGAAGAUCAGUAUGGCAGAGGAAACAAAGAAUACAUUGAUUCAAGCAGAUGACCGUUUUACCUCAGUCGGAACAGAGUUGAUGAGGUGUCAGGAUGGUGUCACACAGUGUUCAGAGGUCAUAAACAUGUUGAAGGAAGACGUGCAGUAUCUGAAUACAAUGAACGAGAAUCAAGUGAAGACACAACUGAAUGAAACCACACAUGACCGAGAUGAAAUUAGGAAGCUAAAAGAUCAAGUGAGAAAAUUGGCCACCACCGCUGAAAAUAUGGGGAAAAAGUUGCAUUGUAUUAAAGAAGCAGAGACAAAUGAGGCCAUCCUUGAUGCUUAUUUGAGGUUGAAUCAAAUGCUUACAGACAUUAAAGCUGAGAAACAGAUGAACAAAUCAUCUGUUGAAGCAUGGAGUAUGUAUACGUCCGAGGCGGCAUUGCAGAUGAAGAGCCAAAUGGACCACUAUAAGAAACGCGCGGAGCUGCUGGAAUCCGACCUGAGACGACUGUCGGAAGAGCAUCAGUACAUGCUGUCGGUGGUUUCAGGCGGAGAUCAACCCUUUCGGAGGACGCAGGAAAGACGAACUUGGUGGGAGCCUAACCUGGAAAGUGGAUCACUAAACUCUGACUAUUACAGGCAGUCAACUCAGGAAAGCAGACCAUUGUACCCAAAACCUGUGCUAAUUCCAGACACGAAAUCAUCGAACAACCAAGUGUUAACUGUUGAAAGGAGGUCAUCGAAUAACCAGGUGUUAACUGUUGAAAGGAGGUCAUCGAAUAACCAGGUAUUAACUGUUGAAAGGAGGCCAUCGAACAACCAGGUGUUAACUGUUGAAAAGAGGCCAUCAAACAACCAGGUGUUAACUGUUGAAAGGAGGUCAACGAAUAACCAGGUGUUAACUGUUGAAAGGAGGCCAUCGAACAACCAGGUGUUAAUUACAAAAAUGGAGCCAUCAGACCCAAACUUGAAGCAGCCAACCCAGGGCCCAUCUGCGUUCAAAGGAAGGGAUGAUUUCAAUCAAUCCAGUACAAUCAGUUUUCGGGACUGGUACAAUACCGACUUCCAAAUUAGAAGGGAACUUUUGAAGCAAAGGAUCAAGGAGAUGUCUGAAAGACUAGGGAGAACUCGACACUUUGAUUGAAAACUGUUGAACAGGUAUAAUCAUGCCAAAUAGUUUGUAGGAAAAACCACAGAAUGCCUUGAUAAAAUACAAUGAAGCCUUGAAGAAUUUUAUUCUGAGAUGACCUGCCAAGACAUUGUUAAAUUUGUCUUCUGUGUCGAAGGUUUAUGAUGAUGGCAUGACAGGUUUGCAUCUGUUGGACAUUAUAUUGCUAAUAUACAUUUUAUAUGAUGUCAUUAAAAAAACUAAUUUUAUUGUGACAUUAAUUGGAGACACAAAUGGCAGACCAUCUUAAACCAUAAUAUGGAGCUUUUAUUGGGCCUAACUUGACCGACCCUAACUUGACUGGCCCACAUUUUACUUGCUGACAAAAAGCAUUAACAGGUGACCUUUUCCCUCCUCAGUUAUCAAGCACACCAAAAUGUUCUGAUAAGUUUUAUAAUACAUGUACAUAAACAAAAAAUUAAUAUUCUUACACAUUUUUACUGCCUAUUGUGACAUUUAAAAAUGAUUUUACAUGUAUAUUGAAAGGAAAAUUUAAUAAUAAAAAACCCAAAACAUAUAUGUAACCCCCCCCCCCCCCCCAUCCAAAAAAUCCUGAACAAAUCGGCACAUGCAUACAAAACAACUCUUAAAAAAGUUAUCAUUAUUAGAAAUACACAUUCAAACAAAAACUUUUGGGGCUAUUUUAUUUUUUUAAUAUAUAUUUGUAUCUCUUUUUAUAAAUGGAAUUGUAAUUCAUUUUGAAAUUGUGUGUGAAAGUUUAUCCAAAUUUAACAUAGUUAACAUUUUUAUUUUAUAACUUAAUGCGGAGUCCUGAACACUGCAAGUAUUAGGUCUGUUAUAGGGUCAUAUAUGAUUGGCUUGGGAUCUGUGUUUUUGUGUAGCAUACAUACCAUAGUUGGGUGAAGAUAUAUUUUUAAUGGCAAAAUAUUAAAAUAUAAUACUGUGGGGUUUUAUAAAGGUUUUAUGUUUUUCAAAAGACAAUUUUGAACAGUAUUAUAAAUGUUCAACUAUAUAUAUGUAUACACUAUUUCAUAAUAUUAUUAUACUGUAUAUUAUAUACCCCAAACAAUGUUGAACAUUAUUACGGUAAUACAUAUAUCAUUAGAUGUGUUAUAAAAAUGCAUAUGCAUUACAUGUUUACAUGUUUGUACAAAAUGUAGAAUAUCAUUGAUGUGAUAAAUUUUAUUUGAUAUCAUUUUGUUUAUACAUGUACAUAUGCUAUGUAUUAUACAUAUUUAAAAUGUUGAAUAUUAUUGUUAAUAAUAAAUAUAUUUUGUUACAUC